AUAAAGAAGAACAUGUAAAAUAGAAUUUGCGAAUUUUCAGAACUGUCAAAUACUGUGUCAUUUGGCAGAGAAGAAAAAUCUUAAUGUGCUAGUUUUUUCCACUCGAUUUGGUAAAAGAAAUAUAAAUACACUAUCAUAUUUAAAGGAAUUACUUACAAGUGCUUUCCCAAUAGAUUUGAGCGUAGUAACCAGAAUGCAAUAAUUUCAAGUGCAAACGUGUGUGGCGUAGUGUCUUUAAAAAUAUAAAUCGAGAAAGCACAAGAGAUUUCUACCACGUCAACUCAAUCACGAGUGCUGCAGUAUACAUCGCUGCUCUAGAUUUUGGUGAAAAUAAAACAAAGGGGACAAUUUACAACCAUUAUUAGAAUUGAAUGUGCAAACACUCGAUUUUAAGCCAGACAACGAGUAGUGUCAGCUAAGUUGCAUUGCAACGACCAGGUGAAGAAAAUUUCGAUUGGUUUGCAGUUUUAAUAGGAAGAUAGAAGAAAAAGUAUACGAGUUGUGAAAAAAUUUAGUAAUAAUUUAAAAGCGAUUUUACUGCCAAAACGUCGACGAAAAAAACAACAACAAAAUCAUCAGCAAUUAUUGCUGCUUCAGGCCCGACAGCAGGUGGUCGCCGAUCAAGUAAAGUGGUAACAGUGGCAGCGGCGGCAGCAACAUCUGCUGCUAAAACAACGGCAACGACGACAACAACGGCGAUUCCAUCUUCAUCAGGUGGUGGUGCAGGCACUGGUGCUGGUGUGGCGACAGGAACAGGUAGUGCAAGUGGUGGAGGCGGCGGCGGCGGCGGCGGCGGUGCACAUAGUCGCAGUGGACGACGCAGUCAUAGCAGCACUAUUCCGCAACAACAGUUACAGCAUCAGCAGCAGCAGCAGCACACUAUUAGCAACACCAGAAGCGGCCACAACAUUAAGACUAGUGCGAGCCGCAAUAGCAACAUUCGCAGUUCUUCGUCCAAUAGCACAAUGGCAUCGUCCAAUCACCGUGGUGGCGGAGGUGGUGGCGGUGUUGGCGGUAGUUCGGGCCUGCAAAUUGGCUCGGCGUGGUUUCAACGCAAAAUCAAUUUACGACCACAGCAUCGAGGUGUUCAUUUAGUCACAGAAGAGAUACUCCGACAGAUGCCCGAAUUAGGGCAGUUUUCAGUGGGAUUGUGUCACGUGCAAAUCCUCCACACAUCCGCGAGUUUAGCGUUAAAUGAGAGUUGGGAUCCAGACGUUAGAGACGACAUGGAAAUGAUGUUAAAUAAAAUAGUUCCCGAAGGUCUACCGUACAGGCACUCGUGCGAAGGACCCGAUGAUAUGCCGGCGCACGUGAAAGCCUGCUUCCUCGGUAGCUCAUUGACAAUCCCCAUAACUGAUGGUAAAUUAUCGCUUGGUACAUGGCAGGGCGUUUGGCUAUGCGAGCAUCGCGAUCAAGCGGGUUCACGCAAACUGGUUAUAACACUGUCUGGGUGUCCGCGUGAGACAGCGCGCAGUCCGCUGUCGCCAGUAUCGCCAAUCGCAUCGACAUCCAGUUAGGGAAGGCCUCGCUCCACCCGCGAUAGUCGGUAAUCGCGGGGGAGCGACAAUAAUGACAUCAUUUCGUCGAGGAAAUUAAUUUUUAAUAGAAAUUUAGCUAAUACCAAAAUCAGUGCUACAGCAACAACAACAACAGCGGCGGCAGCGGCGCAAGCAGCAAUUGCAGCCGCAUCGGCGAGCACUACAACUACUACUUGUGCGAAAAAUACGACUAAUUUAACUAAUAUAACUACGAACACGUUAUUAAGUAAUAGUAGAAGAUUGUUCAUGAAAAAUCAAUUACAUUUAAAUUUGAAUGUAACGGAAACAUUGAAUGUUGAUAAUGAUGGUAAUGCGAGUGAUUCGAUGGAAGCAGCGGCAGCGGCAGCAGCAGUAGCAGUAUCUAAGUUAAAAUUGGAUGGGGUUAAUGUAGAAACCGUCACAACAGUGCCUCAACAACAACAACAACAACUACAACCA